UCGUGGGGAGGCUGUUGUUGUUGUUCGGAUGCGGUCGCGGGGGGCGUCGAGUUCUAUUUUCCAGAAAUUUCACCGGUAGAGGGGUCGUUACCGGGCGUUACCGGGAGAGUUUACCGAUGAGGGGUGAGGAGUCUUCGGAUUCAGAGUCCGGGAGGAUGGAGGAGAGCUCGGUCCGGAGGAGUUUGGAGAGUCUGUGUCAGGAGCUGAACAUGGACGGAGAGACGGCGGAGGAAGCCAUGGACAACUUUAGCACGAUCUGUAACACCUAUACUUUAGAGGGAGAGGUUGUGCAUUGGCUGGCCUGCUCUCUUUAUGCAGCCUGCAGAAAAGGAUCCACUCCCACUGUGGGUAAAGGCUUCAUGGAAGGAAACUGCGUCUCCCUCACUAGGAUCCUCCGCACCUCCAAACUGAGUCUGAUCCAGUUCUUCUCGAAGAUGAGGAAAUGGGCCGACAUGUCCAACCUCUCUCAGGACUUCAGGCUGCGGAUGGAGCGGCUUGAGCGGAACUUUGAGGUCUCCACCGUCAUUUUCCGAAAGUUUGAGCCCAUCUUCAUGGACAUGUUUCAGAACCCGCAGGGGGGCGAGCCGCCACGUCAACCACGCAGCAGGAAACACAGGCGUCUGCCGUGUCACAUCAGUGAUGUGUUCAAGUUCUGCUGGACUCUGUUUGUCUACACCAAAGGAAACUUCCGUAUGAUUGGAGAUGACCUGGUGAACUCGUACCACCUGCUGCUCUGCUGUCUGGACCUGGUGUUUGGGAACGCUCUGCUGUGUUCCAACAGAAAGGAGCUCAUCAACCCCACCUUCAGAGGUCUCCCUCCUUUGUACCGUGCUGACGGCCAUGUUUCAGCAGACAAGCCUCCUCCGUGUGUGUUGGAGCGUCUGUGUGAGCUUCAUGAUGGACUGGUGGUUGAAGCCAAGGGCAUCAAGCAGCACUACUUCAAACCGUACAUCCAGAAACUCUUUCACAGACAGAUCCUGAAAGGCAAUGAAGACAAUCUGACAGAACUGCUGGAUCCUCAGAACUUCAUCGACAACAAUAAAGCCAUAAACCGAGAGUACGAGGAGUAUGUGCUGACAGUGGGAGAUUUUGACGAGCGGGUGUUUCUGGGAGCCGAUGCUGAUGAGGAAAUCGGGACUCCGAGGAAGAUCGUUCAAGAGCCGUCGGCAAGCCUGACGAACACGCAUAACUCUCUGCAACAGCAUGUGGAGAAGUCGGGCUCUCUUGCCCCCUCCACCCCUCUAACAGGUCGAGUCUACCUCAAAGAGAAGGACCUCCUCGUCACACCGGUCUCUUCGGCGACACAGAGCGUCAGUCGUCUGCAGAGCAUGGUGGCCGGGCUGAGGACGGCACCCAGCGAAAACCUGAUGCAGAUCUUCAAGUCGUGCUCCAGAGAUCCCACCGACUCCAUCCUGAGCAGGGUGAAGACUCUUGGACAAACAUUUAAAGAACAUUACACCAACGACUCUGAGGACAUGCCUGGCUCCCAUAUAGACUUUGCAGAGAACCGUCUGAAGCUGGCAGAGAUACUGUACUAUAAGAUCCUGGAGAAUGUGAUGGUUCAGGAGACCAAACGGCUGCAGGGAAAAGACAUGAGUGUGUUGUUGGAGCAGGAUAUCUUCCAUUGUUCUCUGAUGGCGUGCUGUCUGGAAGUCAUUUUGUUCUCCUACAGCUCACAGAGAACCUUCCCCUGGAUCAUCAGGAUCUUCAAACUCACACCGUUCUACUUCUUCAAGGUGAUCGAGGUGUUCAUCCGCUCAGAGGAGGGUCUGUCCAGAGACAUGGUCAAACACCUGAACUCCAUCGAGGAGCAGGUCCUGGAGAGCCUAGCGUGGAGCGCUGACUCUGCCCUGUGGAGCGCUUUACAGGCUGCAGGGAACAAAGUCCCCACAGUGGAGGAGGUGAAUUUCUCUUCUAGUCUAGACUCUGGUUCUGGUUCCAGUUCUGUAUCAGGGUCUUCCAGUGGGGGCCAGCCUCACCUGCCUCUGGUGGCCCUGUCCCCCAUCAUCCACCCUCGAAUCAGAGAGUUCAGAUCAGGCCUGGGCAGCGCUCGUAAAGAUGUUCCUCCCUCUCCGCUCUCGGUCCACGACAGAUACAGCUCUCCAGCAGCCGGCAGUGCUAAACGCCGUCUGUUCGGUGACGACCCCCCUGCCCCGUCAUCUGGAGGGACCCCCGCAGCGAGCCUGAUGCCAUCGCCUGCCAAAAGGUUAACGUUCGGCUCGAGCAGCACGCUGAGGAUCGGAACUCAAAGUGGGCCAGCCACCGUCCUCAGCAUCCCUCUGCAAGGUGUGAGUAAUGAUCGCACCAUCACCCUGAUCCCCGUUCAGCCAUGUGACUCCUCUGGUCCAGUCACAGCUCAGUUCCUGCUCACCGCCUCACCGACACGCCUCGUCUCCCCAAGUCGGGUUGCGACUGCACCCGUGGCCCCUGACGCCCAAACUGGAAGUGGACGACCGCGACGCACCGGAUCGCUGGCUCUGUUCUUCAGGAAGGUGUAUCACCUGGCGAGCGUUCGUCUCAGGGAUCUCUGUGUGAAGCUGGAUAUCUCCUCAGAGCUUCGAAGGAAGAUCUGGACGUGUUUCGAACACGCUCUGGUUCACUGCAGCGACCUGAUGAGGGACAGACACCUGGACCAGCUGCUGCUGUGCAGUGUCUACAUCAUCUCUAAGAUCACCAAAGAGACGCACACCUUCCAUGACAUCAUGAAGUGUUACCGCAGCCAACCACAGGCCCACAGCCAUGUUUACCGCAGCGUGCUGCUGCGUCGAACUCCCAAAGAGACGGUGACGGAUGAGAACAUGGAGGUGGAUCCUGUGUCAGGAGGAGAGUCUGCAGAGAAAACCAAUCAGCCUCCAGGAGCGGAGAGCUCUGACCAAUCAGGAGAGGAGGAGCGUGGCGACCUCAUCCAGUUCUACAAUAGCAUCUUUGUGCUGAAGAUCAAGGGCUUCGCGCUGAGAUACGCCUCCCACGAUAACAGGGCCGACGCCCCUCCUCUCUCGCCGUUCCCUUCAGUGCGAGCUCAGCCUCUCUCUCCGCGGCGAGUUUCUCAGAGACACUCGCUCUACGUCUCCCCUCAUAAAAACGCUGCAGGCUGCCUCACGCCCAACUCCACCUACACCUACAGGAUCAACAGCAGCCCCUCCAAGGAAUUAUCGGACAUAAACCGGAUGAUCCGUCAGGGCGCUGUCAGCAGGAAGAGAGCCUUCACCAUGGAGGGCGACGUCAUGAUGUCAUCAUGUGACUCUCCUAGCAAGAGGGCGUGUCCAGAGAACGGCAGCAGCCCCGACGUGCUCCUGAAGCGUCUGCAGGACGUGGUGUCAGAGCGGCAGAGUCACUGAUGGUCGGACAACAACUGGAUCAUAAAACGACUGUUUUUAUCUUUGUUUUAUAUUUAGGUCAUCAGAGUGUUUGACAGCCUGUUUGUUAUUUCAAUUAUCAGAGCAGGGUGGGCAACUGGAGGCUCAGGGGCCACAUGUGGCCCUCCUACUCACUCAGUGUAGCCCACAAGUCAAUUUAAAAAUCAAGAGACUGUAAAGGUGAAGAAAAUCUGAUCAAAUCUGUCAUGAAAACAGUAAAAAUUAGCUGUUGUAACCUCGGUCAGGCUAAGAGUGGAGGUGUGGCCUGCCAACCAGCGACUUUAUUUAUAAGGACCUCAUUCAAUAAACGCUGCCUCCUCCAUAGAAUGCUUUUACUCAGCAGUAAACCACCUUUUGAUCGUAGAUGAGGGAGAAAAACUGUGAAAAAGUGGCAACGCCUGUCUGUUUUACACUUGAAGCUACUCCCAAAGCAUUCUGGGAACAUAAGCAGCUGGAAGCAGGAAGGUAGUGCCACGCUCAGUGGGAGCAGGUGUUACGUAAUGUAGAAGUACGUAAUAGCCCUUUAAUCCAAACUUAAAUCUUCUAUUAGGUCAGAAAAAUGAUGAAAAAAAGGCUUCCAACAGUUUCAGAUUUAGACAUUCUUUAAGAUUUUUUCAUCUUUUAGGUGUUUGAAUGUUUCUGUGAUCCCAGUGGAGACGCCAUGUUGAAUUCAAACAGACUUUUAUAAAUACAUUUUAACGUCACAAAGGUCAGAAAACAAACCAAAGUUGAAGGUUUAAACCAAGGGUGUCAAACUCAGUCUUAGCAGGGGCCGGAUUCUGAAUUCUGGUCUAAUUUGAGAGCCUGACAGGGUCAGCAUUUAACCACAAACUGUCAACCUUACUUUCACCAGCGGUGAAUUAUGUGGGGGAAUUAGCACUGAUGAUAAAUAAUUUUGAGAUUAAAAGAAGUCAAAAUGAUAAGUUUAAAGACUCAAAAUCAGAGAUGAAUAGUCAAACUUAUUAGUUCAAAAGGU